AUGACGACUGUCGAAGCUCCCAUCGGAGCUAAAGUCCAAGUGACUGCUGGUGUGGGAUAUGUUAGAUGGACCGGUGCGAAUCCAGGAUUCGCAGCUGGAAAAUGGGUCGGUGUGGAAUUACUCGAGCCCUCAGGAAAGAAUGACGGAUCUGUACAAGGUCAAAGAUACUUUGAUUGCAAGCCUAAACAUGGUGUCUUUGUGCGUCCAAGUCAGGUCCAGAUUCUCGAGCUGCCAAGGACGUCCACCUCUCGAGCUGGCAGUCGACUAGGAGAUACAGGCAGUGGAUCAAUAUCCAGUAUUCAGAGCAGAGCGACGUCGCCUCAAAAGACAUCAGCUUCUGGACUGCGUCCGACAUCGGGAGCGAACACGCCUCAACCCCUAGAUUCUCGCCGCUUGAGUACGAGCUCUGCAACUGCUCAAGGCACUCGACUGGCUCCAAGCGCUAUGAAGCGGCCGCCUUCUGUCGCGGAGAGACACCAAUCGGGAUUAGCUGAGCACAGCAGACCUCCAUCCGUCCUCGGAGCCUCGCCGAGACCACCUACUUCAUAUCGAGCUCAGAGUCCGCAAGUUCCGCCGCCUCCUCAGUCUCCUAACAUCAGCCAGGUGGAAAUGCCACCGCCUCCACCUCCAAAUCCUCAGAAAUUUCCCUCACAGAACUCAAUGAUGGCAGACCGAGCAAGUGGGACCACCUCCCGAGCCAUUUCAGCAUCACAUUCCCCAGUCUUACCUGCGACCGCGUCGCCUGUUCGACCUGAAACGCCUCUACCGGGGGGCAGAAUAUCUCCUUUCAAGACUGAGACCUCUGUCGCCACCCCGUUCGGACAGAAGAGAGAGCUCGAAGAACUCAGGAUCAAGGUUCGGAUCCUGGAGAACAGACGGACAGAGGAUCAAGAAAAGAUUCGAAGCCUAGAAGCUCAUGUUGGAGAGGCAGACGCGCUACGAGCAGCCAGAGUCAAGCUGCAAGCCAAAUUUCAAGAAUUGCAGACUUCCCUCGUUGCAGCUCAGAGACUUUCGAAAGACCUUCAAUCGGAGAAUGCGCAUCUGAAAACCCGAGCGGCGGAUGCGACCGAUCAGCUGGAGAUGGCAGCGUUAGAUAGAGAGGUAGCAGAAGAGAAGGCAGAGGCUGCGGAAAACGAGGUGAACAAGUUGACAGAGAGACUCGCCGAGCUCGAGAUGGAGAUUGCGGUUCUCAAAGAGGAGAAUGCCGAGUACGAAAAACCCGUCGCGGGUCUUGAUGGCGAGAAGACCUCACUCGCUUAUCUUCAACUUGAGAAGCACAACGAGCGGUUGAAAGAGGCUCUGAUCAGACUUCGGGACGUCUCCUCAGAUACUGAUCGAGAGCAAAAGUCAAAGAUACAAGAUCUCGAGAAGGAGCUUUCGUCCUACGAGGGUCUCAUCAGCCGAUUUGAAAUGUCCGAAGCGAAGCUUGGGAAUGCGGAAGCACAGAUCGAGGAUCUCAAGUUACAGCUUGAUGAUGCGUUGGGUGCUGAAGACAUGCUGGAGCAGUUGACGGAUCGCAAUCUGCAGAUGAGCGAGCGCAUGGAGGAAAUGAGGGCCACGAUCGAAGACCUCGAGGCACUCAAAGAUCUGAAUGACGAGCUGGAGGAGAAUCACGUCGAAGCAGAGAAGCAACUGAAUGCUGAGAUUGACACAUUGACUGGUCAGCUACGGGACGAGCGCACGAGAUCUGGCGAUCUUGAUGGCGUCAUUCUGGACAUGUCUUCAACAAUCAAUCAGUUCCGAGACCUCGUCGGAGAUCUCCAAUCUGAGAUCGACGAGCUACGAAUGCAACAAGCGAGUCAAGAGAACGAAUCGAGCACAACGUUCAAAGAGGCUCAGGCACUCAUGAACCUCAAUCUGAAGCUCCAGUCCUCGGCUGCCAAAACCCAGAGUAAAACCAUCGAAUUGGACUUGAAACAACUCGAAGCCGCUCAGCUCGCAGAGCACUUGAAGAUUGUGACUGCAUAUCUCCCCGAACCCUACACGCAGACAGAAGCCGACUCGACCCAUCUAUACUUGUUUUUCCUCCGCAUGACCUCAAAGACAGAGAUGAUCAUCUCGACCAUCUCGGCCAUCCAUGGACUACCAUCAUCGCUUCACAGCGCGUCUUCGGAGACCUUAGUGGGCGUCUGCGAGCUUCGUGGCAAGCUGAGACACUUCGGUAAUCUCAACCGGAGGUUCUCGGCUGUCAUGCUUCGGUCGCCCUCAGACGCCUGGACAGGCUAUGGCAAACUGCUUACUGAAGUUGCAGGCGUGGAAGCCAAAGUCGAUACAUGGAUCAGCAUGAUCCGACACGACGCGUUCAGCGAGGGUGAUUGUGCGAGAGAUCUUGGAAGCUUGAUCGCACAAUUUGAUCAUUUGGCGGACACGGCCUUCAACCGUCCCGAGCUCGAUGUUCCAGAACAGCAAUUGGGCCUGGCAUUCAGCUUCGAUUACGACUUGGACAAUUUUGCUGCUGCCGUUGGCUUUGCCCGGCAAGCCAUCGUUGGCUUGACCAAAGAGGAGGACAAUGUAAUUGAUGAAGGGGUAUCAUCUCUGGCUACCGCAGUAUACGAACCUGUUCAACAGAUCUUGGACCUCGUCAGGAGCGUCAAAGUCCCUUCAGGCAAAUUGGUCAGCGAGAUCCAGACAGUCCUACACGUUGACUCGGCACUAUCACCUGAUGUCACUGUCGCCCUUUCAUCGAUAUCCAAUUCCGUCUCGAAUGCCGUCGAUCUGGCUGUUCAGCUAGCUCAGCGGAUUGGCGCACACGUCGCUUCCUUGAGAGCGACCAAGGAGCCCCUGCGACUGGCUGAUAUCGAGACAUUCCUGGACGAAGUGACUGCGGAAUCGUCCAAGGCUAAUGAGGCUCCUCCUUGGGAGCUCAUCAGCAUGUUUGUGCAGCGCAUAGGAGCGGAAAUUGGUGCUCUGUUGCCCAAGGUCCGGAGCGCCAUCAAGUCUGAGCAGGUUGUGCCGAUGGAUAUUCCCGCGCCUUGGCUCGCGCGCGUGGCAGCCAUCAGAGAUGCAGCAUCGUUCAACGCGGAUACUGAGCGAAAAGUUGUGCGACUUUCUGAAGAGCUCAAAGAUAUGCUAAGGGAGAUCAAACUAAGAGACCAAAGUCUACAAGAGAGUGGUGUAAAGAUUGAGACUCUAGAGCGACGAAUAGAGGCUGGUCGACGGCAGGCCGAGCAGAUCAUCGAAUUGGAGAACGAUGUUGCCAAGGCGAAGAAACAGGAGAAAGUCUACGAAGACGCCAUUGAUCAACUGCAAAAGGAUCUCGAUGUUCUCGAAGCCGAAAAUGCUCAAUUGGGCAAGAGGCAGGCAGGUGAUACACGACAAGCAACGGGGUCGUACCCUGAGCCGCUGCAUCUCGGUGCGGUUGGUGUUGAGGCGUCGCAACUCGCCGAGCAGGUCGAAAAUCUUCGCAACGCCUUGCGGUAUCUGCGGUCAGAGAACGCAUUGCUCAAGUCGAAGGACUUAUACCGCGGCCUUCAUCUCCUUCCUGCUCUACAUUAUACCCCUGAAGACCCGUUACCUGAGCUUGAGCAAUCGUCCCCCGGAUCCCCAUUGUCUGAGACUUCUACUUCUUACCCUGUCACCCCAACGAGGCAAUCACUGGAAGCAGAGUCAAAACUCCUCUUCCGCGAGAUUGCAGACUUCCAAGCGAGUUCAAAGAUUGUCGAUAUCUCACGAGCUGGGAAGAAGGGCUGGCACAGGCGGAAAAGUGGUCCAGAGGAGCAGGUAUGGAGUUGGAAGCUCAAAGAGAAAAGGUUACGAGAACGGGUUGAGGAUUUGGCACAGAGGACCAAAGUACUGGAUCACUACCGAUGA